GAGAGAGAGAGAGAGUAGAGAGAGAGAGAGAGGGGAGUUAGGGAGAGAGAGAGAGAGGAUUUGCGGUCAUGGCUGCCAUCGAGGAGGUUACAGAGGCCGUGAGCAACCUUCACGUGAGCGAGUCUCACAAGAAGAACAGGAUUCAGGUCUCCAACACCAAGAAACCCCUCUUCUUCUAUGUCAACCUCGCCAAGAGGUACAUGCAGCAACAUAACGAAGUGGAGUUGUCAGCUCUAGGAAUGGCAAUUGCUACUGUGGUCACAAUUGCAGAGAUUCUAAAGAACAAUGGACUGGCCAUUGAGAAGAAGAUCAUGACUUCAACUGUUGAUAUGAAAGAUGAAUCGAGAGGGCGACCUAUUCAGAAAGCAAAGAUUGAAAUUUUGCUUGGCAAGACUGCAAAUUUCGAUGAGUUGAUGGCCGCUGCAGCUGAGGAAAGAGAAAUUGCAGAAGGAGAGGAGCAGAGCUGAGUGCUUGAAGCCCCUGAAUUUGGCUUUGUUACUGAUUAGUUUACCUCUUUAAGUUCUUUUUUUUUUGGGUCGGGCCUUUUAAUGUUUGCGGGACAUGGUCAACAGAUGUGCACUAUGUGAUCGUCGUUGUGGAUGUAGAGAAUGGGUUGUUAUUCUUUCAUUUUAGGAAGACAACAGAGUCUUUGCUUUUCUGUAAAAACGAUUGCAAGAUCGUAAGUGUUUUUACGCUCAGGAAAUGGUUCUCCUUACAGUGCGUACCCUUUUUAUGACUUGUUAUGCUGCGUAGGCUUGAAAUCU